GAGUGACGCAUCCGACGCUCCCAAGAAGUAAUGAUUGUCACAUUGUCACCGGGACAGCUAGAUAAAUGUUAUUUGGAGUAUAUUUAUAACGGAAAACGGUUGAAUUUUAUAGACCGUAGAAAAUAUAUGUGUCAUUUUCUUUGAAGUGUGUGCAUCACAUGCUGAUCGAGUGAUUGGAGCGUGCGUUUCACAAGCUUUAUCUUCAGCCUGGGAGGCAGAUAAAAAUCAAGAUAAUUUCCAGGUUGUUUUCCACUAAUUUUGCCCUGAGGCCUUACAGGUGUAACUAUGCAAACCAUCAAGUGUGUCGUUGUAGGGGAUGGUGCUGUUGGAAAGACCUGUCUGCUCAUCUCAUACACAACCAACCGCUUCCCAUCAGAAUAUGUGCCCACCGUGUUUGACAACUACGCUGUGACGGUGAUGAUUGGCGGCGAGCCGUACACGCUGGGUCUGUUCGACACGGCCGGUCAGGAGGACUACGACCGCCUGCGGCCGCUCUCCUACCCCCAGACGGACGUCUUCCUCGUCUGCUUCUCGGUCGUGUCGCCCUCCUCCUUCGAGAACGUCAAGGAGAAGUGGGUGCCCGAGAUAACGCACCACUGUCAGAAGACGCCGUUCCUGCUGGUCGGCACCCAGAUCGACCUGCGAGACGACGCCGCCACCAACGAGAAGCUCGCCAAAAACAAACAGCGGCCCAUCUCGCUCGAGUACGGCGAGAAGCUGGCCAGGGAGCUGCGAGCCGUCAAAUACGUCGAGUGCUCGGCGCUCACACAGAAAGGACUGAAGAACGUGUUUGACGAGGCUAUCCUGGCCGCCCUGGAGCCGCCCGAGCCGGCCAAGAAGAAAAAGUGCGCCAUCUUGUAAUUGAGCUGCCCGAUCGCGGCCACCGGCCGGCGCCGCACCGCUCGUUCUACACCACUGGUGGCUCGCUGCCGCAGAAGUUAGAGGACCGGCCUAACUGAAUAUGGAGAGGGGACUUCUAUGGAGCAAAACGAACGUCGACUCUGUCCGGCCGUCUCUGAAGAAUUGGUGACGUUAGGAACGGGAAAAGUGACGUCACAAAAAACAGUGACGUCAGCUACAGACUUGGCGAUCCGGCGCUGUUCUGAACCGUUUGUCGAUUCCCCGCGCCGGUAUCGUCUCUGUGCGGGAGCUGGUCCCGGCGCGGUGCGUCAUUUCUGUGGAAUUAUGGCAAUGAACUGGCGCCGGUGAGGGUUCAUUGUCGAUACGUCUCGCAUUUCCGCGUCCUGAGGUACUACACGCUCACAAUAUGCGCCAAGGCGCGCGGCGUCGGAUCAUUUCGCCUAUUAUGUGUGGUGAGCGGCUAUUUUUACGGCCGGAAAGAGGAUGCAGCCAGAUAAAUACUUAGUGCUAUCGUAUCGCAGAGGCUUGUAGGGGUGAGAAUGACAUGCUGCCGCCGUUUCACAAACAGCACGGUACUAAUUUAAUGCUAUAUUAUAACCCACUGUAUUGUUUCCAGUUAUCUGCUAUCUAUCGUCUCCCGGUGCUGUCCGCUGUCUGGUAUCAGAGUGUCGCCGCACUGGCGGUGACCGCCGGCCAACACACGUGCGCUGUCGUCUGUAUGUGCUUUCAGUCUUGAUGCUCGCUCACCGAAUUCCCAAGUCGGCUCAGCAGGUGCCGCGCAUUUUUACUUUAGUACUUUGAUGGGCUCCUAGCUGCCCGCCUCUCGGCUGGCGAGCCUGUCUAGUGGUCGGCGGGGGGGGGGGGGGGUCGCCCCGGGGAUGGAGGGGAGGGCGCCCGGGAGGGAGGGGUGACGCGGCGGUGCUACUGAUUCGGCCGCGUGUCCGCGCGCCCUGCUGGACGGCCGACGGUGUCACAAAGGAUGAUUUCGUUGCCCACUGGCGCUGCCUUGUUCGAGAGAGAUGGAUCGAAAUGGAACUGGUGUGCUGUCCGUAUUUGUAUCGGGAAUACAGAGGAGGCGCGGUCGGCCGCCGCCGCGGCAGA